UUGUCUCAUUUGACGAGACGAAUGAACAUUGUAAAUACUUUGAUGAAUGACGAAACAAGUUUUAAUGAAGUGAAAAGUAAUAUGGUUAUGUUUAAUAACAUGUUAGAGGAAUACAAAUCUCUUCAUGAUUCAUACCAAGAAAUGUUAGAAGAGGAAGAUCGAAAUGAGGAUACUAAGUCCUGGUAUGCACCGAGGCUUGAGCCGAUAACCACCUUUUUAGCCAACGUCACGAGGUGGAUAGAUUCAAUUGAAAAUCGUUUGCAUGAAGUUACCGUUUCCUAUACUGGAUUGGAAAGUAAUCCUGAUAUCAGUGUCGGGCCUACUGAGGAAGAUAGGCUGUCCUUGAGAAGCACUAGCUCUGUUUCAUCCACGACAUCUGUGCGCAUCCGUGCAGAGGCAGACAGAGAAGCACUACUCGUUAAGGCUGCAGCUUUACAGAAAAAGCAUGCGUUAGAGGAUGAGCAAGAUGAACUGAGAAAGGAGGAAGAUGAACUGAGAAAGAGAAAGGAGCUCAGCAGAAAGAGAAUGGAGGCUCAUGACUUACAAGCUGAAUUGUCUGCAACUACAGCCAAAAUUAACUAUCUCAGAAAUGCUGAAGCACAAGCUGUUGAUACAACAUUCAAUGCAUUUAACCAUACAGAAUUUAAUGCAAUGAAUUCGUAUUAUGAGGAGAAUAUUGAAAAGAUUUCUGGACCAAUUGCUGAACAGACUGUAAGAGAUACAAGGCCUAAAGAUGGGGUUCAUGUGCAAUUCCCUGUUUUGACCACAACAGCUAGAACACCUAGAAUACCUAGAAUACCUAGAAUACCUAGAAUGCCAUCUCUUUCACCCUCUUUCAGUACUGCUAGACCAGUGCAUGACCAGAGCCACGCUCUCCAGAAUAUGUCUUUAGAGAGCUUUUCAGUUCCACAGGGAGGACAGGUACCUGACAAUCUUACCAAAAUUCUGGAAAAGCAAAAUCAGUUGACAAGUCUCCUAGUGAAACAACAAUUGUUACAUACUUUGCCAAAAGGAGAUCUUGCAGUUUUUGAUGGUAAUAUUUUACAGUACAAUUCCUUUAUUCAUUCCUUUGAACACAUCAUUGAAAGUAGAACAGACAACAACCAAGACAGACUACAAUUUCUCAUCCAGUAUACAAAAGGACAAGCUCAGCAGCUUGUCAAAAGUUGUCAAUUCAUGGAUGCAAAUAGAGGCUAUAUAAAAGCAAGGCAAUUGCUUAAAGAGCAUUUUGGAAAUGGCUACAGAAUCUCGUGUGCCUACAUUGAAAAGGCCCUUGCGUGGCCAGUGAUCAAAUUAGAGGAACCAAGAGCUUUGCAGGACUUUGCAUUGUUUUUGAGAAGUUGCUGCAAUGCCAUGGAACAACUUCAGUACAUGGAGGAGUUAGACACAAUUUCUAACAUGAGAAAAAUCAUUUUCAUAUUACCAUAUAAGUUAAGAGAAAGAUGGCGCUCAAAGGCUUGCGAAAUACAACAACGUGAUAUCAGAGUGAGAAUGGCUGACCUGGUAUCUUUCAUUGAAAAACAAGCUUCCAUUGUCUCAGAUCCAGUUUUUGGUGACAUUCAGGAGCCUAGCUCCAGCAGGGUCACAUCCAGACCCCCAGUGAAGGCACAUCCUACAGGUAGUUUUGCUACACAAGUUGACGUGAAGCCGAUUCAGCGGACGUCAGAGGAAACCAGGACACGAGACCAACCAAGAGCAAACCAAAACAUGGUGCCAGAUAAAGCAUGUCUCUUCUGCAAUGGUAAGCAUGAGCUCAUGACAUGUGUUCAGUUUGAUUCAAGACCACAUGAAGAGAAAAUUGAAUUUGUAAUGCAGAAUGGAGUCUGCUUUGGAUGUCUGGCAAAGGCUGGACACAUCAGCAAGGACUGUGGGAAACGUCUCCAGUGCACCAUCUGCAACAAGCAGCAUCCAAGUGCCUUGCAUAUCAAAGAGACCACACUGAAGAGCCUGCAGGUGUCUGUCAAAGCUGAUGAACAUACUGGGGCCGAUCCUGGCAGCUCUGCUACUUUUUGCACAGAAAAUCUCCUGAACAAGCUGAACAUCAGAGGAAAAAGGACCAACAUCCUCUUAAGGACAAUGAACCAAGAACAAUCUGUGAUUACCUACAUGGCAAAUGGAAUAGAGGUUAGUCAGGCACUAGUUGACUAUAGCAUAAAGGUGUGCCAGGCCAAGGAGAGUGGAGAGUUCCGGCCUGCGAAUACCAUUAUUGACCGCUGUCCUCUGCUCUGUGAUGACUACUGGGGGGUCAGGCUGGUGGAGAGCACCACAUCCUCUUACGAGGAUGUGAGAGACCACAGACCAGGGGACCAGUCCGGUGUGAGCUGGUUCCCUGCCCUGGAUCCCAGACCACAGACCAGGGGACCAGCCCGGUGUGAGCUGGUUCCCUGCCCUGGAUCCCUGACCACAGACCAGGGGACCAGCCCGACCAGGGGACCAGCCCGGUGUGAGCUGGUUCCCUGCCCUGGAUCCCAGACCACAGACCAGGGGACCAGCCCGGUGUGA